CGAAACAGGCGAAAACGGUCGUCCUCUUGACCACCGUCGUCAAUUCAUAAAUCAUAAUCUCCCCUUUCUUCGCCGUCGUCUUCUUGAACACAAUUGAGAAUAGGAAAUUCGUGUAAACUACUCGCCCAGUGCGAGACAGCCCGACCUUAAAACAAACGCAACGCACCCUCGGAUUUCGGCCAGCGCGAGUUUUUUAUUUUUUUAUGGGUGCUCAGAGCAAAGCUUCGUAAUCUCCAUCCAAAUUUCGUACAAUGUUCUCAAUUUCAGCGAUUAAUGAUUCGGACUCGAGGAAGCAGUGGCAGCCGUUGGCCCCGACGAAAGAAGCUCAGGAGUACCAGUUAUCACAAUUAUAUCAUGAUGGACUUCUGCGGUUACAAGCCAAGGACUAUGGAAAAGCUCGCAAACUCUUAGAAUCUGUUUUGAAGGAUCCACUGGUAUCAAAUGCUCAGGUCGAAAAUAGUGCAAGUGAUGGUCAUCUUUUACAGCUCAGAUUUUUGGCCCUAAAAAACCUUGCUACAGUUUUUCUUCAACAAGGUCCUUCCUACUAUGAAAAUGCUUUGCAUUGCUAUCUCCAAGCCGUUGAGAUUGAUAACAAAGACUCUGUCGUCUGGAACCAGUUAGGAACACUAGCUUGCUCCAUGGGAUCAUUAAGCAUCUCCCGUUGGGCUUUUGAACAAGGGCUAGUUUGCAGUCCUAAUAACUGGAAUUGCAUGGAGAAGCUCCUGGAAGUUUUAAUUGCAAUUGGUGAUGAGGUGGCCUGCCUAUCUGUUGCAGAACUAAUACUAACACAUUGGCCAUCUCAUUCUCGGGCUUUGCAUGUCAAAAGUACCAUUGAGGACUCUGAACCAAUCCCAUUUACUCCAAGAGGUAUAGACAAGUUGGAACCUAUACACAGUAGACUAAAAUUUCCAGAAAAGAGAAAAGCUGUAGAUGAUGAUUUGGAUGGGACCCCAGCAUCAAAAAAACGGAAGCAAAAUAUUGAAAUUCAACUUUCAGAAACCUCAUGGAUAGCUGUUAUUGGUGAAUUACUUGAGAUCUUACGCCCUUUGUCUAUGCCUGACUGUGAACCAGAAAGAAAUUACAGAUCUGGGGAUGUUACACUAGCCAUAAAUUUGCCUUCAUCUGCAGCAAAACUGACAGGUUCCUGUGAAACUAAAGAUAAUACAAAUGGCACCAAUAAUCAUAAUUCAAUAAAUGAGAAGGUAGGCAUGGUAUUUGAAGAGCAACCCCAGGAGAGACGGAGUAGUCGCCUUGAAAGGCUCAGAAGUCGCAAACCAGGUAAAGAAGAAGCAGAUUUUCCUACCAAUAAGGAUCCUGCUCAAGUUGUGAAGCAAUUUUUGGGGCCUUAUCUAAUGGAUGGAACUGGUCCUAUAAAUUGCAAUUACAAUACUGAUUCUUCUCAUAGCGCCGAAGCAGUGGCGGAUUCACCUGAUACUGAAUCUACUGAUGUUAUUGAAUUUCUGCAGAAUAGUUCCAACAAUUUUGGUGCUUACCACUUGGGCCACUUGCUUCUUGAGAAAAUAGCAAGUAAAACUAUUUUAUGCCAUGACAAUAUUGCAAAAUUCUUGGAACUUGAGAAGAUGAUCAGAAACUGGGGACAAGAAAGAACUCCUGAAUGUAGUCUUUUUCUUUCAGAAUUGUAUUAUGAUAUCGGGUUACAGUCUUUUGAAAAAUCAGCAAUGGGCAGUUUCACAUCAGAGGUAUCCUAUCAUCUUUGUAAGAUUAUAGAAUCUACAGCUCUGGAAUAUCCAUUCCAGAUUGCAGGAAUGGAUGAGAAAAAUAACUAUGGUGUGGAAAAUCUUUCUGAGCAUAAUAAACAAUCUCCAAUGGACAACUCUUCUUGGUUGAGAAGUAAGCAAUGCUUCUGGAUACGAUUUUUCUGGUUAAGUGCACACUUAUCUAUAUUGGAAGGUGACAAAGCAAAAGCUCAAAAAGAACUUUCUGUUGUUUAUUCGCUUUUUGUGGACAAGGAAAAGAUGAACGAUUCUCCUGGUUCGGUGUUCCUGCCGCACUGCAAAGUGAUUAAAGAACUGACAGCUGAUAGGGUCAUUCAUGAAAUGAGUUUGAUUGAAGUUGAUAGCUUACUGAAAAAGUCGGUCCCUGAGAUGCUUGAGAAAGACAUGCAUGAUAAGUGUAUUGAUCUGCUUGCUCCUCUUCUGUUGUCCGCAAAGGAUGUUCAUUUUGAUGUGUUGCAUGACUGGGGUAAUGAAGGUAAAGGAUUUAAUACUAUUGAGCUGGCUGCAUUGGAUGUUUUGAUCAAAUCAUCUGAACUGGCAGAGCCUAUGAAUGUUGGUGUCUAUUUGGAUUGUCAUAGAAGGAAACUCCAAACACUCGUAACUAGAGCUGGUAUGGAGAACAGCUCCCCUGAAGUUGUACUUCCUUUCUAUGAAAAUCAGUCAAAAGAAAGCCUCUUGAAGCAGUGGGGGCAUUUAGCUGCUGAAGAGGUGAAAUCAAUUUCUCAAUCCAUAUCAAAAGUCAAGAGCAUCAACAAUCCCGAUGAAGUUUCUAAAAGCAUUCCACUGUCCAUCAUUGGGGAUAUCCAGUCUUUAUUGCUGACGUUUAUUUGCAAUGUUGCUAAUUCAUGCCUUGCAAAAAAGUCAUCCGAGCUUGGUGUCCAGGAGUCAAUUGAGCAAACUGAACAAUGCUAUUUGGUGGAAGCUGCUAUAGCAUUCUGCAAGCUACAACACUUGAAUUCAAAUGUUCCAAUAAAAUCUCAAGCUGAGUUAGUUGUGGCAGUUCAUGAUAUGCUUGCGGAGUUUGGGAUCUGCUGUGCACAUGGAAGUGGUGAAGAACAGGAAGGGACAUUCUUGAAACUUGCUAUUAAGCAUCUAUUGGCCUUAGAUAUGAAGCUUAAGUCUAGUAUUCAAUCCGUAAACAAGGGACAAGAUACAAAGUUUGAUCACCAGAUCUCUAAAGAAGACAACAUUAAAAUGCCUGAAUCUCUUUCCCAGCAUGCUCAGCUCACAGCAUCUUCCAGUGGAUCACAGUCCAAUGUGCUUGAUGUGGAAGUAUCCGAUAUUGCCAAGGAUAUAGCCAGUUCAAUAGAAAAUGCUGCUUUUGAAAAUUCAAGUACAGAAAAAAUUUCCUCUGAUCUAGAUAAAGAAGAAAUGAAAGCAAAUUGUGACAGUAAUACUGGUUAUGUGCCUGAUAGCAUGUGCAGCAAUGAAGAAAUAGAGAACAAUCAAAGUAUUGGCUCUGGGAAUGAGCUAUCUGAGGAUGAAAGAGAGGAACUUGAGCUCAUCAUUGAUAAUGCUUUGGAUCAAUGUUUCUAUUGUUUGUAUGGUUUGAAUCUGAGAUAUGACUCAUCUUCUGAAGAGGAUCUGGUCAAGCAUAAAAACACAAGCCAGGGAGACUAUCACACUAAGGAGCAAUGUGCUGAUGUUUUCCAAUACAUACUCCCAUAUGCAAAAGCUUCUUCUAAAACUGGCCUUCACAAGCUUCGAAGGGUUUUAAGAGCCAUACGCAAACAUUUCCCUCAACCACCUGAUGAUGUUUUAGCUGGAAAUGUAAUUGAUAAGUUCUUAGAUAAUCCAGAAUUGUGUGAAGAUAAGCUUUCUGAGGAGGCUGGAUUAGAAGGCUUUCUGGAUACUAUGAUGAAGAUUAUAUAUCCGGAGAAUGAACCAGUCAAACAGUGCACAUCAUCACUUGAUAGCUCAAAUCCAUACCAGGAAGUUUAUCGCAAUUUGUAUUACUUCCUUGCACAGUCUGAGGAAAUGAGUGCAACCGAUAAAUGGGCUGGUUUUGUUCUAACUAAAGAAGGGGAGGAUUUUGUUGAGAAUAAUGCAAAUCUCUUCAAAUAUGAUUUGUUGUAUAACCCCUUGCGAGUUGAAAGUUGGCAAAGGCUUGCAAAUCUAUUUGACGAGGAGGUGGACUUGCUACUGAAUGAUGGCAGCAAGCAAAUCAAUGUUCUUGGGUGGAGGAAAAAUGCUGCACUUCCUCAGCGAGUUGAGAUAAGUCGAAGAAGAAGCAGAAGAUGCUUAUUGAUGACUUUGGCUUUGGCAAAAACAGCAAUUCAGCAGGGUGAGAUACAUGAGUUAUUGGCACUGGUGUACUAUGAUGGUCUUCAGAACGUCGUACCAUUUUAUGAUCAACGAUCUGUAGUCCCUUUAAAAGAUGCUGCAUGGAAGAUAUUCUGCCAUAACUCUAUGAAUCAUUUCAAAAAAGCAUUCAAACACAAGGAAGAUUGGUCUCAUGCCUUUUAUGUUGGAAAGCUCUGUGAGAAGCUUGGAUACUCUCAUGAUGUAUCCUUCUCAUAUUAUGCCCAGGCGAUAGCCUUAAAUCCAUCAGCAGUAGAUCCAUUCUACCGGAUGCAUGCCUCAAGGCUGAAGUUACUAUGCAAAUGUGAGAAGCAAAAUGAAGAAGCUUUAAAGGUCGUUGCAGCACAUUCAUUUGAUGAAUCAACCAAAGAUACUGUAACAAGUAUCUUAAAUGGAAUUGGUGGUGAAAAUUCAGAUGCGUUAACACCCAUUGAGGUUGGUGCAUGCAAUAGUGAUUCCGAUGCUGUUGGCUUGCAAAAAUUUGGAAGGGCCUGGAAUCUGUUAUACAGUGAUUGCCUUUCAGCCCUUGAAACUUGUGUUGAAGGAGACCUUAAACAUUUCCAUAAAGCAAGAUACAUACUCGCUCAAGGAUUUCAUAGAAGAGGCGGCCAUGGAGAUUUGGAGAGAGCAAAGGAGGAACUUUCUUUCUGCUUCAAGUCAUCUCGCUCAUCCUUUACUAUAAACAUGUGGGAGAUUGACAGUAUGGUUAAGAAAGGAAGACGCAAAACACCAGGUCCCUCUGGGAACAGGCGCUCUCUUGAAGUUAACUUAGCAGAAAGUUCACGCAAAUUUAUAACUUGCAUUAGAAAGUACAUCUUGUUUUAUUUGAAGCUGUUGGAAGAUAUUGGAGAUGUUCCUAUUCUUGAGCGGGCUUAUACCUCUCUCCGUGCAGAUAAACGGUUCAUCUUGUGCCUUGAAGACCUCAUGCCAGUGGCCCUUGGGAGGUACAUUAUGACGCUAAUCAAGUCCGUCCGUCAAGCUGGUUCUGUCUCCUCUACCACUAGUGACAAUGCUGAGCAUUUGCUGGAGAAACUGUUCAAUUUGUUCUUGGAUCAGGUCAACUUGUGGUCCGAUAUUUGCAACUUGCCCGAGUUCAAAAGCCCAGAAUUUACAGAAAGCACCUUGUACGGAUAUCUCUAUCAAUACAUACUGCUUCUGGAGAGUAACAUUAAGGUAGAAACACUCGAGGUGAUCAAUGAAAAAAUCCGUAAGCGUCUAAAGAAUCCAAAACUGUCCAACAGCAACUGCGCCAAGGUGUACCGACAUGUUUCAGCUGCCUGGUGUAGAUCUCUUGUCAUUAAUAUGGGCCUGAUUACGCCAUUGCAUUCAAGACGCUCGACGGACAUUCACGGCUUGAGUUCCUCGGGAGGUUGCCUGGAAACCGAACAGCUGCUUUGCGUUGAUCUCCAGUCGGAGGAAUUGUGGUGUUCGGCAUUUGAGGAUCCGAACCAUCUCAAGAUUCUUGAAACCAAAUGGAACCCUUCUUUGUCGAAGAUCAAGAAUGUGAUCGUGAAGAGGGUUUCGGACGAGGAUUUGGAAACAGCCACGAUGUUGCUUAGAUCUGCUUACAAUUUCUACAAGGACACGUCCUGUGCGUUACUUCCGUCGGGCAUAAACCUCUACAUGGUUCCGGCUCAGCUGGCGACAGAAACUUAUAUUCAGCCGGGCAUUGAUGGGGUCGACAUACUUGAUAUGAAUACUUCGCGGAAGCUUCUAUUAUGGGCUUACUCCCUUUUGCACGGCCAUUGCGCAAAUGUCUCGAACGUCAUCAAGUAUUGUGAAGAGAACAUCAAGUCGAAGAUGAAAAAGGGAGGCGGAUCUGCACCUAGCACCAAUGCGCAGAAUGUUACAACAGGCGGAGGUAAAGACGGGACAAUUAGAACAACAGAGCCGGAAGUUCAGUCAACAGUUGGUACGACUCCAUUGGCUGAAAUCCAUGUUAGCAGCAACAAAGCUGUGCCGGAGACCGAGAGCAUACAGAAGGAAGUCUCCGGUUUGGGGGAAAAUCAGAGUGCACAGAUUCCGGCAGGAGAUGCUUUUUUCGACAAGCAGUGAGCGAUGAUCAUGAAUGUAAGUGAUCUAACCGGAUGCUGCGCUGCUCGUAGGCUCCGGUGCAACGAUACUCGUGCAGGUAUGAUUAGUGUUGAAUAUCUCCAUCUCUAUCUCUAUCUCUAUCAAUUGGUCCAUAGAAAGCUUUUAAGUAGGGAUGGGUGUUGAUGAAAAUGCUAUAGAGAAAUUAAUGUUCUACAGAAUGAAGAAUGUUAUGUUUGUUGGACUUUGGUGGCUAUACAUAAUCUAUACAUUUGUACUUU